AGGAGGGAGAGAAGACAAAAGCUCCAAGCGAGGAGGGCUAGGGCCGCACACGACUGCGGCGACUCGGGCAGGCCGCAGCGCAGCGGGCUUCGGGGCCGGCAGCAUGGGCAAAGGGGGCAACCAGGGCGAGGGGGCGGCCGAGCGCGAGGCGCCCAUGCCCACCUUCCGCUGGGAAGAGAUUCAGAAGCACAACCUGCGCGCCGACAGGUGGCUGGUCAUCGACCGCAAGGUCUACAACGUCACCAAGUGGUCCCUCCGGCACCCGGGGGGCCAGCGGGUCCUCGGGCACUACGCAGGGGAAGAUGCCACGGACGCCUUCCACGCCUUUCACCCGGACAUGGACUUGGUGAGGAAGUUCUUGAAGCCUCUGCUCAUCGGGGAGCUGGCGGCCGACGAGCCCAGCCAGGACCGCGGCAAGAACUCUCAGAUCACCGAGGACUUCCGGGCCCUGCUGCAGACGGCCAAGGACAUGAACCUGUUCAAGAGCAACCACCUCUUCUUCCUGCUGCACCUCGGGCAGGUCUUGGUCCUGGAGGGCCUCGCCUGGCUCACCCUCCUCUACUUCGGCAACGGCUGGAUCCCGACCCUCCUCUCGGCCGUCAUCCUCGCUACCUCUCAGGCCCAGGCUGGAUGGCUGCAGCACGACUACGGCCACUUGUCUGUCUACUCCAAGACCAGGUGGAAUCACUUCCUGCACCAGUUCAUCAUCGGCCACCUGAAGGGCGCCUCAGCGCACUGGUGGAACCACCGGCACUUCCAGCACCACGCCAAGCCCAACAUCUUCCAGAAGGACCCCGACGUGAACAUGCUGCACGUGUUCCUGCUGGGCGAGUGGCAGCCCGUCGAGUACGGCAAGAAGAAGCUGAAGUAUCUGCCCUACAACCGCCAACAUGAGUACUUCUUCCUCAUCGGGCCCCCGCUGCUCAUCCCCCUGUACUUCCAGUACCAGAUCUUCACAACCAUGAUCACGCGCAGGGACUGGGGGGACCUGGCCUGGUCCUUGAGCUACUACAGCCGCUUCAUCCUCACCUACAGCCCCUUCUACGGCUACCUGGGGAUCUUCCUGUUCCUCCUCUUCAUCAGGGUCCUGGAGAGCCACUGGUUCGUGUGGGUCACGCAGAUGAACCACAUCGUCAUGGAUGUCAACCGGGAGCUCUACCGGGACUGGUUCAGCAGCCAGCUGGCAGCCACAUGCAACGUGGAGCAGUCCUUCUUCAACGACUGGUUUAGCGGACACCUCAACUUCCAGAUCGAGCACCACCUGUUCCCCACCAUGCCCCGCCACAACUUCCACAAGGUGGCCCCGCUGGUGAAGUCCCUGUGUGCCAAGCACGGCAUCGACUACCAGGAGAAGCCGCUGCUCAGGGCCCUGCAGGACAUUGUCAGGUCCCUGAAGAAGUCGGGACAGCUGUGGCUGGACGCGUACCUCCACAAGUGAAGCCACAGCCGGGACGGGGGGCAGGGCAACAGCUGACCACACCAGGCUUGGUCCCAUCCCCCCUUUUUUUCUCUCUCUUCCCGUCCCUUCUCCCCUCCUGCGCCUCGUCCCUCCCAGGGCCGACAGCCGCCGCGCCUGUGACGGCCCCUUACAGCCUCCCCAGGGCGCCCCUCCCCCCCCACUUCUCCCUCAGACACUCUGAGUGGGCCCGAGCAGGUGCCCCCCGGGACCCCUCCAGAGCCUGGGGCUCAGUGGCAUCCCCCCCACUUCCCACCCCCGACGGCCGGGCGCACCCCUUCCUUCUCACUGCCUUCUGCACUCACACCUUUUUCUGGUUUGGUGACCUUUUCGCUGCAGCAUCCCUCCUGGCGUCAGCUGGGCGGGUGCUGGGUGCUGGGCCUCUGACAAUCUUACCUUCUGCCACCAGCAGGCUCGCCCGGGGCGGGGGUGUGGGGGUGGGGGCGAGGAAGUGACCCAGGGAUGCUGGGGAAGGAAGUGGGGGGAGGGACGUGAAAAGACCCGGGGGCCGGGGGCCAGGGGCGCCUUGGGAUCUAACCCCACUAAUCCAUUUGUAGCUUGGGCGGGGGCCCGGGAGGCAGGCUUGGGCAGGAGUUCUUCGGGUGACGGUGACUUGGGGGGGUCACAGUGAGACGACCGACCCCCCCCACCACCACCCUGGAGCUGGCCAGGACCUGACUUUAAUUCUUUAUCCCUCUGCUCCCCACCCCGCUGUUUUUUUUGGGAAAUAAAGAAGUAAUUUUAUUCUCA